AUGGGACUCAAUGGGGAGGCUGGGAUACAGCACCUUGCUGCUGCCUCGAUAGCAAAAUCUGACGAGUCUAUCAAGGACACUCUCUAUGGAAACAUCGUCCUGGCGGGUGGAUCAAGCAUGUUUCCUGGAAUUGAGAGCCGGAUGCAGGCUGAGAUGACAAGACUUGUCCCUUCACCAGCGAAAGUCGGCGUUCAUGCAGCGGCGGAAAGGAAGCAUUCGGCGUGGAUCGGAGGUGCAAUGCUGUCGUCCCUGUCAACGUUUCAGAGCAUGUGCAUCGUGGCAGCGGAAUACGACGAGAUGGGGCCUAGUAUCGUACACCGGCGUUUUCCGUAA